UUGGGACGUAUUACUGAGACUUUUCCUGGGAACGAUGGCUUGGUGCGAGUGGUCAGAGUUAAAGCUAAAGGAAAGGAGUAUUUGCGACCGGUUCAUAGAUUAUGCCCUCUUGAGUACGUUUAGUAAUAAACCCGAGGAUAUGGAGGAGAUUGUACAUAAUUACCUGCGAAAGAAACGGACAGUUAUGAAACUAAACUGACAACAUAAUUUCAUAUUAGCGGAGUUAGUUACUCCUAGUUUUGUUAAAGUUUUACGAAUGUUAGACUAUCUCGAAUGUUACACAUUCGGGAGGGGGAUGUUACGAACAGAUUACUAUAGAUAAGAUGAAGUAGUUAUAGUUUCCCGCCAUAUAUCGCGGGCGCGGACACGUUGGGGAAAAUAGAUUUUAUACUUUUAUAUUCUAACCGAGUUGGCGAUUAAAAAUGCAAUAAAUUUGUCAUAAAAAUAGAGAUUUUGAGUUAAACUAGGCAAGAACCAGCAGAUCAAACUACGUUCUCAAGUUGGUGAGAACAAUUACCUUAUCAUGUACCCACGUUUUUUCAGGCGACCGGUCGAAAAAAUGAUCAACUGCGCGUGCUCGGCAAGUUUAAAGUGAGUCGUCAUAAGGUCGUCAUCCAAUCAGAUGCAUGCAUCUAGUAACUUGCCGAGCACGCGCACAAAAAAAGUGGGUACACUAGUUACGUCUCUGUAUGUCUCUACUCUGUGCUAUUAUUAAACUUUCCAAAAAACCUUUGCAUUCUCGUACACAGAGUCCUUGUUUUGAAUACGUUUUUUUCUAUUUCGAGUCCGGGUUUUCAAAAGUCAAGUCCGGGUUUUCUUAAGCACGAGUUCGGAUUUUUUUCGAGUCCGGGUCCGGGUUUUUCUCGAGUCCGGAUUUUCUUAGAAUCCGACUCCGGGUCCGAGUCCGAGUCCGGUCCGGGUUUCGAAGUAUGCCUAUAUACACUUCACGUCAGCAUCUAUGAAACAAACAACCAAUUUAUAUUGUUGCGAAGCCAACUCGAGCUGUUCAUUGCUUUUUAUGAAGUUUCGGUUUGCACAAAACCGUAGCACUGUGUUUUCUCGCUGAUUAACAAUGGCGUUGCUAUCUUGCUCCUUCUCCAAUUCUCUUUAUUUUCAACGACUGCUCAGAUUAUCUUCGCCUCUGGUAAUGAUGGCACGUAGUUCGUCCACCGUUGUGGCGAAGUCAGUUGACGGUAAAAUUCUGCCUUUCUCUGAAAUUCCUGGCCCAAAAGGAACCAUCCGAAAUUGCUUGGACUACUCGUUGGGAAAGGGCUCAUACUUUGAUGUCAUAACGAAACGCUUUGAAAGAUUUGGACCAAUAUACAGUGAGCAAAUACUGGACACGCGAGUGGUAAAUAUUUCCGAUGUAGAUGCAACAAUGAAGCUUUUGCAUGCGGAAAGUACUUUUCAGAUGCGGCCAGGCUUUGAAGCCGCUGCCGAGGUUAUUAAUAACCAAAACGGUCUCAUUGGGUUGAUCUCAAACGACUAUGAUGUCUGGUAUUCGGAUCGAUCUCUGAUCUCGCCAAAGAUGCUACGUCCAAAAGAUAUCAAUGAAACAUUCCCUAUGUUAAAUACUGUAGCGAAUGAUUUCAUACUGCGAUUGUCCCAUCUUACUCAGUCUAACAAGAUGAACAACAUUGAAGAGGAGUUAAACUUCUGGGCGGUAGAAUCUUUUGCUUCGGUGUUAUUCAAUCACCGUCUUGGUUUCUAUAAUCAUCCCCCAGAUCCUACAGCAGUCGAGUUUGUACAUGCGAGUGUGGGCAUGAUCGAUAAUAUUGGAAAACUCUGUCUCUAUGGUUCUCUUCACAAGUACAUCAAGAUCCCGGCGUAUUAUCGAUUGAAGAAAAAUAUGGCUACAAUUCAUACAAUUGGUAUGGAAAUUAUCAAUAAGAUAUUGGCAACCAAGCGGGAACGUGACUGCAGUAACAAACAGUCUUUGUUUGAAUAUCUUGUAUCCAACGGAAGGGAUACGCCGAAAACUAUGGCAGCGAUCAUUGGAUUGAUGGCAGCUGGCAUUGAUACUACCAGUACAACGUGUCUUUGGCUCCUUUAUACACUGUCUCAACAUCCAGACAUCCAGGAGAAACUCUAUCAGCAGCUAGUGUCUGCCAUUGGUCCAGACGGGGAAGUAUUAGCAAGCAAUAUCCCACCAUUUCUCAAAGCAGCUCUGAAGGAGUCGCAACGCAUGUACCCAGUCGGUGGUUAUGUGGUCGCCCGGGUAUUUGAUAAGGACGUCGAUGUCCUCGGCUACCAUAUUCCAACUGGUGUGAAUAUUUUAAUGCACGAACAUUUGGCGUCGCUUGAUGGACGGUAUUAUGGGGAAGACGCGAAGAAAUUCGUUCCAGAGCGAUGGCUGCGUGAUGAAACAAGAAAGAGGCACGAGGUAAACUCCUUUACUUCCCUACCGUUCGGUUUCGGAGUAAGAAUGUGUCUGGGGCGAAGAAUGGCCGAAUCAUUGAUCUAUACGUUGGUAGCAAAGAUCUUAAUUCGUUAUCGUCUGCAGUACGCUGAAGGAUUUGAAAAUGGAGUGAAUCGGAGUCUUGUGGGAAUCUUAAUGAAACCCGACCGACCUGUUCUACUGAAGUUCAUAACAAGAGAAUAGAACCUUGACUAAUUGUUCUUCUACUUAUUUAAUCAUAUAUAUUAAUAACCUUUUGCCAAAGAGCAGCCAACCCGUGCUAAACGAAGUUAGGCAUCGCUUUCUAUUCGCUUUAUAUCGAAUUAUAUUUGUUAAUUUGUUAGUUACUUUGUUCCAAUUCGGAAUCAAAAAAAUUGGUAUUUACUAUAAAAACUAGUGAGCAUUCGCGCUCGCGAUGCACUCGCGAUGGCUAUGUUGCCGUAUGCUCCAAGUACUUUUUUAUUAAACAAUUAAAACAUUCUUAUAUAAUUUCAUUCCACAUUAACAUUUACAUGUUAGAUUUCUGUUAUAAUAGUUUAGAAUUGUUUUUCAGUUCCAAAAUUCCGAAUUAAUAUUAUAAUAUGUAAACUUUUUGUGUUAAUAAUUAUAUCCUUUAAACCACAAUCAAAUCUUCAUACAACUCAUCGCAUCUGUACAGACCACUUUGAUAAUAGAGACGAAUUUAAAUGUUCUUUUACAGUAUGUGCAUCUUAUUGCAUAUUAAACCUUUUUGGUCUCGUUCAGGUUCUAAAAUUCGCGACACCUAAGGGAAGCC